CAAUGGACGACAACGAGUUGGUGGUGUGUUUGUUGCUUCUUGUGUGGAUUAUCAAGAGAAGGCUACAGGCGGCGAGACGAAACAGGAUUGAGACGUACAGGAGACUUUGGGAAGUCAUUCAACAUUAUGAUGCCGAAGAGGAGAGGAUCCAAGCUGAUGCCAGACGACGCAUGAGGAUGGUUCUCUUGUCGCAACGUCCCCGCCGCAAACCAUCUGUCUGGGCGUUCAAGCGAGACUCCGAAUGGUGGGAUGCGAUUGUUCCCAGCUUCACCAACACGGAGUGGUUAAAUAACUUCAGGAUGUCUGAAGAAACACUGAGCUUCCUGUGCAACAAACUGAAUCCAGUUAUGGAGCGGCGAGACACAUCUUUCCAUAGAUGUGUACCCCUGAAGAAGAGAGUGGCCAUUGCACUGUGGAAGCUCGCUACUGGCUCCGAGUAUCGGACUAUUGCACAGCUUUUUGGUGUCAGCAUCACAACUGUGUGCCGGUGUGUGCAGGAGUUUUGUGCUGUAGUAGAGACUUUGUUGGUGCCAGAACAAAUCCGUUUUCCAGAUGAGGAGAACUUCAGAGAAAUGGCUGCCUGCUUUGAGAACAGGUGGGGACUUCCACACUGUGUUGGUGCUAUCGGUGGAUCCCACAUACCAAUCACUGCCCCACAGGACUGUCACUGUGACUAUGUCAAUCAUGAAGGCUGGCACUCAAUCAUCCUUCAAGGUGUUGUUGACGGCAAGGGGCUUUGGUGGAAUAUUUUCACUGGACAGCCAGGGAGCUUGGAUGCUGCCAACGUUCUGAGAAUGUCCACACUGUGGGAGUUAGCCAACCGGGGAAACUACUUCCCAGCUCACACCAGGAACAUUGGUGGGGUGACUGCUGGCUAUUACAUCCUUGGAGACCCGGCAUACCCUUUGCAGAACUGGCUCUUGAAACUGUUCCAUGACACUGGGCGGCUUCCAGUGGGACAGCACCAGUUAAACAAAAAAUUCAUUGGAGCACGUGGGGUUGUUGAAAAUGCUUUUGGCAGGCUGAGAGGGAGGUGGCGUUGCCUCGUGAAGACGAAUGACUGUGAUCUCCAACUCCAAAAAUCGAUGGUGAUGACUUGCUGUGCUCUGCAUAACCUGUGUGAAAAUCGUGGAGAGACUUAUGAGAUGGAAUGGGACACGCCUGCAGCGGCAGUUGAGCCUGUGGUGGCCACGGCACAGGGGGUAGAGGAGGAGGGCAGCGACGUACGCGAGGGUCUGAUGCGUUACUUAUUGUCAAAUAGUUAAUUUUUGCCUGUGUCAUCAUGUGCCUACACAUUGCACACCUAUUGUAUGUCACUGAAUUUUGACCCACAAUAAACUUUUGUAGUUUUUGCAGAAAUGUCUCAAAU